AUGCUAGGUAACCAGCGCUGACGUUAAACUGAUUUUCACUUUCUCUUGUAGUACAUUCGUUUCCCUCCAAAAUCAAGAAACUGCUGAGAUGGAAAAUGAGCUCGAUUACUCCAAAUGUCGUGAAAUUAUGUAUUGCACGAUCUGGUUUUCGACCCACGAAGAGUAAGUUGAUUACGUUAUAUGUAACAUAAUAUACUGUGUGUUUAUUUAGCAUUUACUACCUCAACUCAUGCAUGUGUUUACCGUUACAGAAAACGACUGGCUUGGAUAUUGGGGAAAGCAUAUGAAAGCAACAGCAUUUAAGACGGUACGAGAGUGUCAAAAGGUAAAAUUAUCUUUCUUAUUUAAUUUUUUAGUUGCAAUGAAAGAAAAAAAGACAGUUAAGAAACUAAUGCAUGCAAUGAAACUAAUUACUAGAUGACGUACACAAAUCUAAAAAACAACUUUUAAUUACUUAUUUGUUAAAUCUCGAAUAAUUUGUGUAACUAUAACAAUAUUAUUUAUAAUAUAGAUGCAGGUCGUUACGAGUAAAUUAAUUUUAGUGUUUUGUUUGAUAUCUGUAAGAAUUGUUUAACUUACAGUAUGUCGCUAAAUAAUAGUAUCUGGAAGUUAUACGUCAGAGUAAUUGUUCGAUAUCUUUACUAUAAUCUAGUAUAUAAAUUAAAUAUGCAAGCCACAUUACAAUCUGUUUUAUUUAGGUCAAUCAUUUCCCAGGAUCAUUUCAAAUUGGACGUAAGGAUAAAUUGUGGAAAAAUCUUUCAAGACUUCAGGCACGGCAUGGUAAAAAGGUAAAAAUAGCAAUAUUAUCUUUCUGUACAAAAUCAGUUAAAAACUUUCAUUUGGCAGUUUUAUGACGAGUGAAAGGUCUUGGGAUAGUCGGCCGGCUUCUUUUCAUGUUGUUGGAAGAAAGUGGAACAUGCGGGUUCAAUUUUGAUUUUUCAGACUGAUGGAUCCGACACUGUUACAAGAUUGACACGGACAAAUCGAAUCGUGUUGACGAACCUUAUCUUGUGUUUCCUUUUUAGGAAUUUGGUUUUAUUCCCCAGACGUUCGUAUUGCCGCAUGACCUCCGAAAUUUUAAGAGAAUUUGGGAAGAAGGAGGAAAUAGACAGAAGUGGAUUUUAAAACCAGUAAGAUUUAAUGUCGUUACAUUGUUAAUUUAUGGUCUUUAAGAAAUACAAGAUUAAGGAUGAAGGCCUAUCGAAAUGGCUCGAAUUAGAGGAAACACUCCGCCCUUCGGGCGUCGUGUUUCCAUACAAUUUCUCGUUUUCCCAAUUCCACUCGUGUUGAUAUAACUGUAUAUCAACACGGAAAAUGUUUUAUAUUUGUUAAAUAUUACAUAAUAUUGAAAUAUAUAUUAAGUACUAGAUAAAACAUGAGCAGCCGAUCUGUAUCUGAUAUACAAACUCGAGGCGAAGGCGAGAGUUUGUUUACCAGAUACAGAUAGGAUGCGAAUGUUUUAUCGUACUUAAAAAAUGACCCAUCUUAUGAGUUCAUUGGCGAAGUAAUUUUAAAAAUAAACAUUGUCUAAGCUGAGAAAAUCAAAACUGAAGUUUAUGUAAAUGAGGACAAAUCUUUAUCCGAUUUACAAACAUUGAUUAAACAUUCAUUUCUUUUGUAUUUUCCUCGUGAAUUAUUAAUGAAUUUUUUAACGAGAGAUAAAAACCUGCUUUACACAAGUGCCAUGUUAAAGAUUAAAUAUUGUUAUACAGUCGAACCUCUAUUAAGCGGCCCUCCAUUAAGCGGCCACCCUCUUUUAAACGGCCACAUAUCGAAGUCCCGAAAUUUUUGUAAUACAAAUACUAUAAAAUAUCCCUCUAUUAAACGCCCACCUCUAUUAAGCGGCCGCGGCCACCCAAAGAGCGGUCCCAAAUGAUGUUUUAUGUCAAUUUUUACCUCUAUUAAGCGGCCAGCCUGCAGGAUUUACUUGGCGCAACACCUUGUCAAGAGAGCCGAAAAUAAAAGUCGAGCUAAUUUGCUUUAUUUGUAAAAUAAGGCUUAAAAAUUAUGUUUUAACACAUGCCACUUUAUACACCUCAAACGCUUUACACCUCAAAAGCAUUGACUACGCCCAGGGUCUAUUAUUUGCGUACCUCUAUUUAGCGGCCACCUCUAUUAUAAGCGGCCACAAAGCCGAUCCCAGAGGGUGGCCGCUUAAUAGAGGUUCGACUGUAAUAGAGAAUAAAAUCUGGUGUAGCCUGAGCGGAAAGUGAUUUAAAUUACCUUAAUUGAGCAGCGCGAGGCUGGUCGAUGCUACCGCACCACUAUAUCUGAAAGAAUUCUUUAAGUAUAUGAAAACGACUGCUGACGCCACUAUUCCUGUUCAUCAGUUUAUGGCGAAAUGUGACAUCUUUCCAUGCAUUUAUUCGAGUACAUAUAAGCCAGGAUAAGAAUCGUAUACGACUAUAUAUAGUCGUAUCGUGUAGAUGGGUCUUUAUAGGAAAUUCCAUCUUCCGAAAUAAUUGCGUUAUACAGAGUGGAGUAGUUAGCUAACUGCCAAUAAGCUAUUUUUACUGGAGAAAUAUAAUGCUUUGGAAACGUAUACGUAACGUGAACGAUUUUAAUUUUGCCAAUGUGUAGCCGGCUUCAGCAAGAGGGAUUGGAAUAAGAGUGAUACAUAAAUGGACGCAAAUCCCUAAGAAGCGACCUGUUAUCGUCCAAAAGUAAGUACAUAAUUAAAAAGCAGUUUUAAUUCUCAUGCCGCUAUGUAGAUCAAGACUUAUGUCAACCUCAUAUACACUCAUUCAAAUACGAGUAAAGUAGUAUCCAGUCAUGUAUUAUAGUACACAGUAUAAUUCGUCACCGAGUUGAAUCAUACCAACUGCAUGUUAUGCCUAAAACAUUCUCUUGUUCAUUUGAUAAGUGCGUUUCCCACACGAUUCAGCCGCAUACUUUUAAUAACAUUUUUUAACAACUUUAGAUAUCUGUCCAAGCCUUAUCUCAUCAACGGCAAAAAGUUUGAUCUUCGCAUUUAUGUUUUUAUUUCAUCAUUUGAUCCUCUACGCAUUUAUUUAUUUGAAGACGGCCUCACUCGGUUUGCUACCUGCAAGUAAGUUGAUUACUGAAAUGAUGGUGACAAAUAAAGAAUCAAUCAUCAAAUCCUAUGAGAUUAAAUAAUUUAAUCCUGUGAUUGAACCUUUGAAUCCUAUAUAUAUGAGAUUGAAUAAUUGAAUCCUAAGAUUGAAUCACUGAAUCCUAAGUUUGGGUCGUUGAAUCCUAAGAUUGAAUCUUUGAAUCCUAAGAUUGAAUCUUUAAUCCUAAGAUUGAAUAAUAAUAUUGAACCCUGAGAUUGAAUCUUUGAAUCCUAAAAUUGAAUCGUUGAAUCCUAAAAUUUAAUAAUUGAAUUCUGAGAUUGAAUCAUCGAAUUCUAAGAUUGAAUCAUUGAACCCUAAUAUUGAAUCUUUGAAUCCUAUAAGAUCGAAUAAUUGAAUCCUAAGAUUGAAUCACUGAAUACUAAGAUUGGGUCGUUGAAUCCUAAGAUUGAAUCUUUGAAUCCUAAAAUUGAAUAAUUUAACCCUGAGAUCGAAUCUUUGAAUCCUAAUAUUGAAUUCUUUGAAUCCUUAGAUUGAAUCGUUGAAUCCUAAAAUUUAAUAAUUGAAUUCUGAGAUUGAAUCUUUGAAUCCUAAGACUGAAUUAUAAUUGAAUCCUAAGACUGAUUGAACCUAGUGAUUAAAUCAAUGAAUCCUAAAGAAUUUGGGUUGAUCGGUGUGUACUAAUACAAAGUAUCUAAAAAUGGCCAUUAUUCCAUAUACAGUUAAUUCUCGUCAUCCCGUAUACAUUCUAAUAUGUACUUCCAAAUAUUAUCCACUAAUUAUAAUGUCUAACCAUUUUUUGUAGGUAUUCUUCAUCAAGUAAGACUUUAAGCAACAGAUUUAUGCACUUGACAAAUUACAGCAUUAAUAAGAAGAAUGAAAAUGUAUACACUCCAAAUAACGAUGAAGAUGCUUGUCAAGGACAUAAAUGGUAAGUUAUUGCUAGUGAAUACGAGCUAGUGAAAGGUACUGCAUUUAAUUACGACUUUUUUAGAUAUUUAAAAUGUUUUUCCAAGGUCUUUGAAAGCUUUAUGGGGAUACCUCAAGAGAAUGGGUGUGAAUACAACACGUAUUUGGGAAAGUAUCAAAGAUAUUGUAGUCAAAACAAUAAUAAGGUAUAUUACUGUAUAUUGUUUAUUUUAGUUAUUUGUUGAUUGAUUAUACUGUCUAUAAAUUUUUGUUAUCGCUAUAUGCAAUGAAGAAUACAUUGAAGAAGAAUUUUCUUUUCAUAUUAGUUGCGAAUCUACAGUUAACUUACUGAUCAAGCAAAACGUCAGGAACAGGUAUUGUACCUAAAAUUUAAGAAUAUUCUUCAUCAAAGCGUUUUGGAGUGGGAAACAAAAUGACAUUAUGCCUGCAGUAAAAACAAGUGUAACAAGAAAUGGAUGUAGCAACUACUGUAUUUGAAACAAAUCUUUAUUUGCGUUUAAUAGCUAUUGUUGCAACGAGUUGUUUGGUUUUGACAUUAUGCUAGAUGAGAAUUUAAAACCAUGGAUUUUAGAAGUGAAUAUCUCACCAAGGUACGGACAUGUUCGGCAGUUUAUCAAUGCCCACACGUGGAUCGUUGUAUUUUUCCGGUGGUGCACCACGUCGGUCGUCAGCACUGAUAGUAGAGAGAGGUUAAGAUACCCCGGUUUACGGGUACAGGUGCCAUUUUGUUUAUCAAAUUUUCCCGUAAUUUCUAUACCCGUUUCCCCGCGGUAAAGCAUGGUCUACACGUAAAAGACAAACGGGUACGGGUGUUUUCUGUUUACUAUUUGCAGGGCGUUUAAGUAGUAAAAUACUUCAACAUCUUACCUAAAUAAAUCAAUGCACAUGCAUUUGCUCUUCAAAUAUUUCCCAAAUCUAUGUUGAACCUCAGUAACAAAAGUUACUAUUCUCCGGUCGGUUUUCGUACCCCGGAAUAUCUUGCAAGUUAUAUCCUGAUUUACGCGUACGGGUAUAUUACCCGUACCUAAAAACCGGAACCGGGGUAUCUUAACCUCACCAUUGAAUUUUUGGGAAAGUAUUUAAUAUUUGAUUAAUUGUUGUGUAUCAUUCUCUUGUUUAUUUUCUUCCACAGUUUACAUUCAACAUCACCACUUGAUAUGAGCAUCAAGGGUCAAAUGGUUCGGGAUCUUCUGAAUAUUUCAGGAUAUCGAAUUCCGGAGAAUGCAACGAACAUUUUGGUCAGGUAAAACGUCGCUUGUGUAGUUUGUCGAGUGCAUGCGAAAUAAACAAUAAACUCGCUCGUUUGAAGGGCACAACAACCUUGUACAAGUUUUCAACUGUCAAAACUGUACUAUACUGUACGUCCGUCAGGAGGUUAUAUUAUUAUGUUUGUUUGUCAGCCAGCAUGAUAAUUAAAAAAAUAUCCAACAUAUUAAUACGAAAAUUUUGGGGACUAAUGGAUUUUGCCCAAGGACAAAUUGAUUAAAUUUUGGUUAAAUUUGGAUGAAAAUUGGAAUGAGAAAUUAGCAAAAGUUUGUCUUGCUUGGCCGGGCAGAGUAAAGUGAAUGGCUGAUUAGCCCAUUGUAUAAUUUAUGCAUAACUUAAUUUGUUGGCGGAGCUAGGUGUACGCAGCCUCCGAGUGCCCUCUAGUUCAAAAUAUUUUUUGUUUAGGUGCUUGCCACAUGUUUUUGGCACUGUAUUGUAUUUCGAUAAAAGUGAACUGCUCAUGUAUCUUUUGGAAAGUCAAUAAAAAUAUAUUUUUAAAAAAAAAUUUAUUUUCUUAGUAAUUCUAGUAGCAGUGCUUCUUCAUUGGACAAAGGGAGAGUGGCUUUAACGUCGGACCAGAAAGCGAAGGUUUGUAUUCCACUCUUACAUGUAUGGUAUUUGUCUUAGUGUAAUGGUUGCAACGUCAAAGCCACAUCAACCAUUAAUUAGGUUAAUAAAGGUUUAUAAUGCAGCAUAUGCAUAUUAUGUGAACAAAACUCUACACGGCUCUUCAAGUUACAAAAAUUGUAGAUUUGGGGAAAUAUAUGUGCUGCAUGUUCUGUAUGUCGUUCCUGUCCAAAAAUAAGAAUUAGGUAAUAAUAAUAAUAAUUAACAUAACGUGUUUAUUUCACAUUGUAAGAGUGAAAUAGGAUGAACAGUAUAUAAGUUAUAAUAUCCAUAUAAUAUGUAUAUAAUAUCCAUGGAAAAGAAUACAGUAAAUGUUAAAAGAAAUAAAAUUUGACAAAUCUAAUUAAGAUUUAGUACUACAAAUUAAUUAUGAGUGUCAUUGUCAAUUUUCAAGAGGUACAUGUAAUUAAAAAGUGAUUUUUUUUAAGAACACUAUUGGAAAUAAUUUUCCUAAUAUCCUUUGGAAGGGAGUUCCAAUAUCCUUUGGAAGGAAGUUCCAGUUCCAGUCUGUCGCUCCGCAUAUUAAUACUUAAGCAUUGAUUGUCUAAUACUUGUCUUUACUCUUGGUACAUGUAAGAGUGCUGUCCCGAAGAUCUCGUUCUCGCACGAAACACCUGAAUUGAAAACAUCAACUUGCUGUCCUGGACAAUCCAGCUUAUUUAAAAUUUUAAAAACUGUUUGUAAUCUAUGAAAGCGCCUUCUAUCAUGCAAGGAUAAUAGAUUUAGUUCACUUCUCAUCUCUUGUGUACAUUUGGUUCUUCGUUCGUUAACUUCGUUUAGGAUUAUGUGCAUUGCUCAGUUUUGUAAUUUCUCGAUACGAUUCCUUAAAGUAGAGCCACACUCAUCUCGUGCCAUACUGUUGCACGGUUGUCCAGUAUAUCGGCAGAAUAGUUUGUUUCUACAUACGAAGUAGAACAUAUUUCGGAAGAAAGACUGACAAUUGAUUUAAAGGGCACAGUUCAGCCUUUUGAGUGAUGGUUUUUAAGGCGAAUUUUAGCACUUUUAAUUGAAAAAACUAACUAGGAAAAUCAAUUAAGCAUAAUUCAAGAUCGGCAAACUUGAUGUUUUUAACAUUUUAAAACAUUUGUAUUGUUAAGAACAUUGAGUUUACUGAUCUUGAAUUAUGUAUAAUCGAUUUUUCUAUUUAGUUUUUUCAUAGUUUUUUCAAUUAAAAGGGCUGAACUGCGCCUUAAAAACCAUCGUUCAAAAGGCUGAACUUUGCCUUCAAAUAAAUACGUUUAAGAAAUAUUCUCUGACUAAGUUUGUCCACAUGAUUUUGUAUUCCAAGAAAUAUUGUCUCCCUGGACGCCUAGAUAAUCGAAGGUAGUCACUUCGUCGAGAAGCUCGUUCUAAUUUGGUGGCUUUGCUUUUUGUUUAGAGCCAAUGAGAAUGGCUUCGUUUCUUUGACUUAUGUGCCGUUAUUAGUCACAAGACUGCACAUAUAUGUACGCAUUUGCCUUGCAUGGAUUAAAACAAUUUUUACUCUUUUGGUUUAGCAUGGAUUUUAUGUUAAUCACAACAGUAACGAGGUACGUACAAAUAUUGGACUCGUCUUCUAUAUGAGCUCUUUUUCUAUAAAAUUACAAACUUGUGGCGUUUUAAAUCAGAAAUGGGCUCCAAGCAUCUUCAUAAGCAGGGUUGACGCCAACAUUAGCUACACUGUAAUUAUUUCCAUUGUUGUAUAUUUCAGCGUGUCAAGAAAACAAUAUUGGAUAUUUUAACUCCUGAGGAUGUCAAAAUUCUUAUGGAGACCGAGGAUGAAGUAAAUAAUUGCUUUAUAAUUUUUAAGAAUCACUCUAGCAUUUUCCCUUGUAAAAUCUCUUCCAGGGUCCAUUCCCAUAUAACCACCACAAUGUGAUCAUAGCAGGAAAUAAUAUUUUUGUUUUAAUUAGGUUCAAAGUUUUCUGCCGAGCUCCCUAAUAUUCACUAAUAUUCUGCCUGUUAGCAUUUAGCAAUGCCCUAAAAUUUUCAGCUAAGUCAAGUCUGAAAGUUUUCUGGGAUCCUAGAUUCCUGAUAAUCUUUAUAAUCCUAACCCAUUUUGACUUUCAUCCUCACCUAAUCCUAACUAUAACCCUUACCUCGCCCUAAUAGUUACCCUGAUGAAAUUACCCUGUGCAGAACUGUAUACCAAAGUUAUUAGGAACUUCUUGCGUUAAUAAUGUCCUUUUAUUAAUUAAGAAUUAUUCUUUUAUUUUAUUUUAUUAGUAUAGUAGACGAGGCUGUUUUCAACGGAUUUUCCCGUCGGAGAACUCUCAAAAAUACUUGAAAUAUUUUGAUGCACCUGUAAGUGUAACCAUGAUUUACAUAAUACCUCUUAAGAAGUAUUGGAUUAAUAACCUCUGAAAGACUCCCACUCGAUUAUAAAAUAUGCGCUGUAGUUGUUCUAAACUUGAAGGCCCCAAUUUAUAGGCGCGUACACAAAGAUAAAAAAUCAUUAUGGCAAGUUCACGUGCAUGUUUAUGACUGAGUUUCUUUCAAUAUGAGGUGGUCUGGAAACAACUUGAAUGCAUAUAGUAUUGUUUUCACCGAGUUGUACUACGUGAUUCACUUUUUUCUUUCCUUCCUUCGACGCAGAGAUAUCGCAAUAUUUUGUUAGAUGAAUGGACAAAGAAAUAUUUAAGGGAAGGUCGUCGAACAGCAUUGGGUAAGUAAUACCUACCCGCUUUUGUCGCGUAAUACAUUUCAAUUUACUGGCAAUUACUGUAGAGGCGUUGCCAAUUAUUUUACAGUAUUGCAAGGGAAAUAAUGUGAUUCUAAAUCUCGAAUUGUUAAAUUUAUCAUUCAAAAGCGUAAAUUAAAUGUUCUUGGUGAUGAAUUAAGAUGGGCGUAGCUUCGUGUUAUUUUGCAAAGUGAAGUCGUGACUCGGUUACUUUUUUUUACAUACUAACGUGUUUUUUUUUUAUGGUGACCCAAUCAUGAAACAAGAAUGCUGCAUUGAUAUACGUUAAUUGGUAUGUUUUCAUGUAGGUGUAGCGUUACUCUGUACGUAUGCUCAACAAGGCAUUCAUUUGAGAUCCUCUACCAACGAUCCAAAUCACCAGGUGAGAAAUUUUCACUGACGAUUUUUCGAGUUAAUUAUUCAUUUCAUGUUACAUGAAUGUUACAUGGUAACGUUUGACCUUUGGAUACCUGCAGCUUUGAUCAAGAAACAAACUCUUCUGAACGUCCAAUUUUAUCAAUCUUUAUAUAUAUAUAUAGUGGGUUUCACCACAGCAAGCGUUAAGUAGCCAAGCCUGUCAGUCAUCCGUCUUGUCAAGAUCACUCUCAGCUCCGGCAGCUUCCAGAUGGCCAGAAGAAAAAAUAAGGUAUGUCUGUGCCAUAUAUAAUAAAAUCAUGCGUGUUAGGUGUGAUGCCAUGAUAUGACGUAAGCACUUCUUCCGGUCGAGUAAAGCCCCGGUCAUACGAAGAUGAGAAUUGAUGAGUUUUGAAUCUCUCGCUUGCAUUUGACCUCCAACUCCUAUGUACUCUCAACUUUUAGCUGGUUCAAAUUUUGAUUAGAGUUGAUGGAAGUUUUUGCAAUACACGGUCAUGCCCAGUCAACUCUGGGCAACUCCAUGCGAGUUCUCGUUUGACCCAGUGCAAAACUCUUGUGCAAAUUCUCGCUUACCAACUCGAUCAUCAACUGUCAUCUCCGUUUGACCAGGAUUUAUCUCGGAAUAAUGGAUGAACAGAAUAAUGCAAUAUUAAGCGGCAAUAUAAAAACAACUUUUGCAGCAAGACAUAAUGGAGCGCGCCAAAUUCCUCAUCAUCCUAUUGGAGGAUAUACUCUAAACAGCUGCGUACUAGGAACUAACUUGACAUGCAGUCAUUCAUUUUGAUACUCAAGCUAUUUCUCUGAAUAUAUUUUAGUUCAUCAAGUCAAGUGUUAUUACCGAAUAUAAAGCGGAAGAUAGUACGUUCUCAGGCACCGAAGGUAGUUACAUAAAAAUAUACUCGUUAUAUUCCGUAUAGAGAGAACAUUGCUGAGAAUUCGUGACUAAGUUGACAAGUUUGGAUUGCUGCACAUCUUUCUAUUUUUGUUAAUUUAGACCAUAACAUCAAGGGCGACGACGCUGACGACGAAAAACAAGAUUCAAGAUAAAAGCAAGAAUACGUGAGCAGAUGCAGAAAUCAGGACGAACUGGAUGACAGGUCAAUGUCUUGAUCAUUAAUAUAGCUGACUGCUUGCGUGUGUGUUGUCAAUGUUAUUAGUAUUUAAUACGUUUUUCAGUUCAAAUAUCGUUAAGUCAAAUGUAAAAUAGGCCGGAUGAACCGAGCUUAUUUUAGGUAUGUCUAUGUUAUGUCUUCUAAACUCCUAUUGUCCAUCCCUUUUGGUCAUUACGUCGCUGCCAUGUAUUUUUGGCAUGUAGUCAUAACUGAUGAUAAACCAAGAUGGCGUCAAUUGCAGUCAAGUAUAAGUUAAUGACAACUGUGUCGAGCGAUAUAAAAUUUAGGCCAAGUAGUGUUGACAAGACGUUCAUUUGAUUUGUAAUCUAUACGGACAAUGUGAAUGUAGAGUAUAUUUUUGUAAAAUAUGUGAAUAAUUAAUCUAAUUUUGUACAAUGUUUUUAAUAUUUUAUUCGUUCGUUGUUAAUGUUUGGUGACACAGUAUUACAAAUCCGUCACUUUGUUACAACAAUAGAUACAUUUAUUUUCAUGUUUGACCUCAUUUUCUGACACAAAACAACCACAAGGAGCAUGCAACAACACACAUGCAGUUACAGGUGAUUAAUUUAUUUUAUUAUAUAUCAAUAGUCAAAGUCGCAUUUUUCUAGUGUUUUAUUGGUUGAGAGCAUAUCACGGGAGAGUGACGAAAUUAGGCUGUCUCCCUCGCAACAGCGCGAGAGGGAGAUAAUACGUUAUCGACCGGCGAAUAACCAAAAAAAUUACGUGCGCCAUCACGUGAAGAUGCGACCUUUGGACAUGCCUAGUACGUAAUUAAAACUUUCGCUUUAAGUAACUGCAGUGUAGCCAAUGUUUAAUAUAACGUUUUAACAAUAAAAUAUUUCAUGUAUUUACUUUCAUUUGUUCUUUAAUUUGUUGUUUCUUUGACUAUUGAUAUAUAAUAAAACACUUAUUUACUGAGACCUCGGGAAAGCUGUGUGUUUUGUGGACCCUCGACCGUCGAUGUUUCCCUGGGCUUCGCCUCGGGAAACAUCGACGGUCUCGGGUCCACAAAACAC